AUGAACGCCGGCAGAGACAAGGCCGGCGACAUCUCCAUCCCGGCGGCGGCGGUGGCGGCCCCGGCGGGCGGCGAGCCCCGCGGCUGCCACGGGGACGGCAUGGACGGGCGCGGCGAGCUGCCGCUCUACUGCCCCGCCGGCCGCGACCGGCAAGGGGACGGCCGCAGCAGCACCCCCGGGCCGGAGGCGGCCGCGGCCGCGCUGCCCACGGUGCACAGAACCACCUCCUUCUCCGUGCUCGACAUCCUGGACCCUAACAAGUUCAACAGCAAGCGGCGGCACUGCGCGGGCUUGUACAAAUCGGCGGGCGCCGAGUUCACGCUGGGGCCGGAGGAUAAGCCCGAGGACUCGGGGACCGAGCUGGCCGAGCAAAAGGCUCUCGCCGAAGAUUUCGACGCGUGCAAGAAGUCCGCAGAGCUGAUCAAGGACGGGGAGCUCUACAAGGCCGAGGAGUGCGACCUGGACUACAGCAGCCGGCCGAGCCGCAGCCCCGACAGCGAGCUGCAGGACGACGAGGAGCUGUGCAGCGAGGAAAGCGGCAGCACCAGCGGCAGCAGCGGCGGCUCCGGCCCCGCGGCGCCCGGCGAGGCCGAGCCGGGCCCGCUCCGAGCCGAGGCGGCCGAGGCGGGGCUGGUCCCGGCCCCCGCGCCCCCCGCGCCGCCGCCGCCGCCCGUCGGGGCGCAGCCCGGCCCGCAGGCCAAGCCCAAGAGGAAGCGGACGGGCUCGGACUCCAAGUCGGGCAAGCCCCGGCGGGCGCGGACAGCCUUCACCUACGAGCAGCUGGUGGCGCUGGAAAACAAGUUCAAAUCCACGCGGUACCUGUCGGUGUGCGAGCGCCUCAACCUGGCGCUGUCGCUCAGCCUCACCGAGACGCAGGUGAAGAUCUGGUUCCAGAACCGCCGCACCAAGUGGAAGAAGCAGAACCCGGGCGCCGACACCAGCGCGCCCACGGGCGGCGGCGGCGGCGGCGGGGCCGGGGCCGGGCUGGGCGGCGCGGCGCUGCCGGGCGGGCUCAGCCCCCUCAGCCACUCGCCGCCCAUGGGCGCCCCGCUCUCCAUGCACGGCCCCGGCAGCUACGCCGGGCACCCGGCCGGGGGGCUGGUCUGCGCCGCCCAGCUGCCCUUCCUGCCCAGCCCCGCCGUGCUCUCGCCCUUCGUGCUGGGCUCCCAGACUUACGGCGCUCCGGCCUUCUACACCCCGCACCUAUAA